AUGAGCGAUGCACAACAUUCGCCCCGUCGGCGACAUAUCCUGUCGUCCAUAAAUCCAGAGGCAGCAGGGGUGGAAGCAGCACCAGAAGAAGACCGACCCCGACGUCGACGACGUUCGCGAAGCCCAUCCGAGGCCGACGAUCGGCGGCAGCACAAGCAACAUGCCUCCACCACCAACGAGGACGACGGCGACACCACGCGGCCCCGGCGGUCCCGUCUGAGGCUCAAAGAUGCCUCGCGUAGACGUCGGCACCGAUCGCACAGCCGCGAGAAACAAGCCGGUCAGGACCGACACCACCACCAUGGACAUCGUCGCCACCGGCGCCACCGCUCUCCCACGCCGCCCAACCCGUUUGACGGACCCCCUCUCGACGCGGAGACGGCGUUCCGUGAAUCGCUCUUCGACGCCAUGGCCGACGACGAGGGCGCAGACUACUGGGCGGCGGUGUACGGGCAGCCGGUGCACGUGUACUCCAACGAGCGGGCCAACCCGCAGGGCGAGCUGGAGCGCAUGACGGACGACGAGUACGCGGCGCACGUACGGCAGCGCAUGUGGGAGAAGACGCACGCGGGGAUGCUGGAGGAGCGGGCGCGGCGCGGAGAGGAGAGGCAGAGGCGGCGCGACGACGAGCGCAGACGGCGUCGCCACCAGCGCGACGUGGACGAGAGCCUGCGGCGGGGCGACGAGAGGCGCAGGCGCAGACGCUGGGCCGACUCCUGGUCCGCGUACCAGGCCGCGUGGGCCGCGUGGGAUGGUACGCCCGGCAGUCUGGCCUGGCCGCUCGGGAGGGGGCGGCCUGGCGAUGACGGCAUCAGCCCCGACGAGGUGCGCAUAUUCAUGGUGCGCGGGCUGAGAUUGGAUGAGGGGGAAAACAUGGCGGCUCCUUCUGCUGCUGCCGCUGCCGCCGCCCCCGCCCCCGCCGCCGCCGUGGCACGCCUCAAGGAUGAGCGCGUUAGGUGGCACCCUGACAAGAUUCAGCAGAAGGCGCGUGGGGAGGUGGAUGAUGCUACGAUGAAGAAUGUCACGGCUGUUUUUCAGGUCAUCGACCGGUUGUGGGGGGAGUUACGGCCCAAGGAUUAA